CAUUCUUCUAGGCAUCCCCGUGAGAAACUCACUUGCAGCCAAUCGUUUCUUUGGAAUUAGAUGCCGGCACACCAGUCCCCACCUAAACACGGCACGUGCUAAUGCGAGAUUUGCUGGAGUAUAUAUACGGGUUAAGUUAAUCAACAGAUCCACAGACGGCAAAAUGCUAGACUCACUGACACUUGUUUUUGAAAAGUUAUUUGUUCUGUCAAAUUUCAACCUAUUUAAAAACUUAUGGCUAGAAGAAGAAGAAGAGACCUGCAACACGUCAACCACACUCAAGCGGGGGGACUUGCUGGAGGUGCAGCGCACGCUCUUUACGCACUUCGGCAUCUACCUGGGUGACAACAAAGUUGCGCACCUCAUGCCAGACAUCAUGCCAUUACUCACCGUCAAUGAGAAGAAAAUAAAUGCAGUCGUGACGAACAAGAGACUAGUCCUAGGCUGCAUCUAUAAGAAAGCGAGUAUCCGCGUUGACACCGUGGGGGAUUUUGCGUAUGGCGCACGCAUUUUUGUGAACUCUGUAGACGGUAGAAUGAAAACAAAGGCACUGGCACAAGAGGAUGUCGCGCAGAGAGCCGAAAAAAUGGUUGGAGAUAUCCCUUACAGUCUGCUGUGGUAUAAUUGCGAACACUUUGCAACUUACUGCAGAUACGACUCUCCUGUCAGUGAGCAAACCGAUCAGUUUUGUGAAACUCUGAAAACAGUCGUCCGUGACCAGAGGAGCGUGUUGCUCACUAUAUCACUGGGAAUACUCUCCAUUGCUUGCUUUGGCCUUGCACCUUCAACAACUCUACCAACAGUGCUUAUUCCAUUUGCUCUUUGGAUGGCAGGCUGAUGAACUUCCAGAAACAUCUUUUAUAUGAACAUUUCUCUGGGGUCCAUCAAAGGGCAUAUAUUUUCAUCUGGGGGCAUGUCCCAGAGCUCAUUCCAUAUAAUGUAGGUCAUAUCUACAGAAGAAGUUGGUAUUUGUGUGUAAAGAGCAGCCUUUCCAUGAAGGUAUUUGUUUGUCAUUUGGUCACUUUAUCACUGUGUUGCAUGUAUAAUUAUGCCUGCUGAAGUAUAGGCUACAAUAGUCCAAAUGUGCAGGGCUUUGUAAUUAUGACACCAUCUGAAACUGACAGUAGGCGAAUAUGGAUGCAUUUGGUUAUAAUCUUUAAAAAAAAUACCAUAUCAUUACGACAUGACUUUAAGUUCAUUGCUGUCCAGUGCAAAUGUAUUGGGUAUCGUGCAUAUGGGCUGUUGUGAUGAAUCAUGUUUGGAGGAUGCAGCUCUUGGAGAAACAGCUGCUGAUUGAUUUAGGUGCAGAUAACCACAUACAUUUUCAGCAAAAUCCUUAAGUGCAAUUGUGUCCGAUAGUCCUCUGUUCCGUGGGAUAUAGAUGCUCUAUUUUUUUACAGAAUGAAAGAUUUUGACUUUGUAAUUUACUUGAUUGAAUAUUGUUUUGUAAUAUGA